AUGCUACCUUUAUGGACGUGGGAGUGUGUAAAUGAAAAAUGUUUGCCAACGAAAGCAACAAUCUCCGGAAAACUUCAGUCUUUAGUCACGUGCAACAUGUUGUGUUCUACCAUUCAACUUUGGCCUCAACCUACCGGCUCUGUGAGUUUAUCGACUACCGCUGUACCCGUGCGUGCUGAUUUAUUCCAAUUGCAAGUGAUGGGCGUUACUUCUCGACCUGUUCAGGAACAUCUGCAGGAUGCGUUUGAUAUAUUUCGUCAGGAAUUACGUUUAACAGAACAAAAAAUACAUGGAUUUGAAGAGUGGCAGAGAGUUAUUGUACGCGUAGGUAUCAAUGGAAGUGCAGAUCCUCGCAUGCGUCUCGACACUGAUGAGAGCUAUCGAAUGUCAGUACGGCCUAAGGAAGGGAGCGGCGGUGUCAUGAUUGUGGAUAUAGCUGCAAAGUCGUUUUGUGGAGCUCGACACGGGCUUGAAACUCUUGCACAGAUGAUAUGGCUCGACCCUUACGCUGGGUCUUUGUUAAUGAUGGAAGCUGCUAGCGUGGAUGACGCACCACGAUUUCGUUAUCGUGGUUUGAUGAUAGAUACAUCUCAUAACUAUUUCCCAGUUCACGAACUUAUUCGCACAAUAGAUGCCAUGGCUACAUGUAAAUUAAACACUUUUCACUGGCAUGCUACCGGUGCUCAAGGUUUCUCAAUAAUGUUUGGUAGUGUACCUCAACUUGCUCAUUAUGCGGGUUAUGAACACGCCGCCAUGUACACUCCAGAAGAUGUACGCACCAUCGCACGACAUGCUCGGCUUAGAGGUAUUCGCGUGCUCUUGGAAGUUGACAUACCAGCACAAAUAGGUCAUGCAUGGGAUUGGGGUCCCACUGUUGGCCUCGGAGAACUGGCUCAUUGCAUGGAAUCGGAGCCUUGGAUUGCAUAUUGUGAUGAACCGCCAUGCGGUCAACUUAAUCCUCGUAAUCUACACGUUUAUGAAAUACUGGAGCGUCUUUUCCUGGAAAUUAUUCAACUUACUGGCGUAGACGAUCUUUUUCACAUUGGCGGGGAUGGGGUCACUGAACAUUGUUGGGCUGAAGUCUUCAACGACACUGAUCCUAUGGAAAUAUGGCUCGAAUUUACACGGAAAACAUUGCAAAGUUUAGAAAAGGCUAACGGAAAAUUACCAAAUCUCACGUUGAUAUGGUCAUCGCAGUUGUGUGAAAGAAUUAAAUCGGAUUUGAAGGAAUAUGUUCAUAGCGUUGGAUUACAGGCUCGAAAUGUAGCAUGGAACGAAAACUAUGUUAGUGGUCUGAGAACUGUUUUAUCUAAUGAAGACGCUUGGGACUUAAACAACGGAAUGGGGACAUGGUACGAAGAUGCACAGGGUGCACCAUAUAAUUCUUGGCAGAGGAUUUAUGAGCAUCGACCGUGGUCACGGAGUACUUUGGGUCGCUUGGAAGGUGGAGAAGCAACUGUGUGGUCUUCGACGGUGGGCGCAGGUGGAUUGGAUGCUCGCGUUUGGCCACGAGCUGCCGCUUUGGCUGAACGUCUGUGGGCAGAUCGUCCUGAGGGCGCUACGCGACCGGUGCAAGCGCGUCUAGACGUUCACCGCACACGCCUCGUCACGAGGCACAACAUACAAGCCGAAUCCAUGUGGUCCAUGUGGUGUACCCAGAAUACUUACACCUGUCGUUAA